UUUUGUUUUCCUCUUCAUCAAGGAAGAACACACCAAAAACUUCGCGAUGGUUUUACGGAAAUAUUGAACCUCCUCAACAUUUCUUGUCAAUCAACCAUAUAACUCGUUUUGAUUUUUUAAUAUUUGAUUGUGCCGAACCAAGACCGAGAGAAACAAAAAUAAGAUAAAAAUCCAUCAUAAUAUUUUUAGAGAGAAAAACAAAAAUUACAUUAUGUAGGUAGGUAAGUUGUAGUUGGUAGUUGCCAUUUGCCAAUGCAAAAGAAAAAGAACAACAAAAAUAAUUUGCAAUCCCCGAUAAAAGUCAAGUGAAGUGACAAAAUAAAAAUAAAGAACCUAAAAAGUGCAAUAGUGAGGAAAAAUUAGAUAAAUCGCCUAGAAAAUCAAAGUGCAGUGCAACAAAGACGAAGAAGAAAGAGGUGAAAGAUUAAAAUUUAUAUUUUUAUUCUAGUGUCAUUGAAAAUAUUCGCCAAGAGAGCGAGAAAAUAAUUGAAUAAGUUUUAAGAAAAACAAAAAUAAAACCUAAUAUAUUUUUGAUUUUUUUGUCGUUUUGUGUUUUAUUUACUUUUCUGUUUUUAUUUAUUCUAUUUUCUGUGAUUUGUAUAAAUAAAAUUUUAAAUGAAAUGAAAAAUUAGAAAUUCAUCCUUAUCUACAUACGUGACCACCGACCAAAUUACGGUGUUUUGUCAAUAACUACACGACGAUUCAUGUUCACCAUUCGAGAUUAUUGACAACAACGACAACGGUAAUAUUAAAGGCCAGUCCGUAAGUACCAGCUACGUUCCCAAAACCAACAAGGAUUUCACGACCCCCACGGAGUGGCAAAGAAAAUAACUCUUUUGUUUUUCUUUUCUUCAACACGAUAAAUCGUUGGAAAUGACAAAUUCAGGACGAAAUCGAUAUGAUGGGCAUUCACAUUGCUGCUGCAACAGAUAACAACAACAAGAACUUUAAGCAAAACUACCAACAUUCAGAACCAUCAUUAUCAAAAUCACUAUCCUGCAACCCCAGCAUAAAAAGAAGGAGGACUGCAACUCAACAUACACAAAACGUCAAAACAUAUGAUAAUUUAAUAAAUAAAUGAAGACCAAAAGAAAGGAAUUUACUUCUUCUUCUUCUUUAACAAAAGGCUUAAAUUAAGUUGUGUAUAAGCAAACAAAAUAAAAAAAAAAAACAUUUAUUUAACAAAAAAAGAAAAGAAGAAAAAUAAGGAAAAAUCUUUGUGCAAAGUGUGUGCGUGGUGUAAAUUUUGUUUGUUCGCACUCGUUAUUUGCCGGCUUCUUCGUUCGUGAAAACAAAACUUAAGUGUCAGUUUCGAUUUCACUUACCGGCAUAUCGCAUCUCGGGUUCCCUGCUUUGCUAUUUCUUUAUCUCUCUCUCUCUAUAUUAUCUAUUUAACUUGUGUGUUAUCGAUAAUUUAGAACGAUAAAUCAACUAACAAGAAAAUACAAAAAAAGAAGCCAUUUUGUGAUACGUGACGUUUUCCGUGUGAUAUAUUUGUAUUAUAUAUUUAACGGUUUGUUUAUUCAAUCUUUUUCUUCUCUUCAUCAUUAUAUUUAAUCGUGGUGUGGUCUUUGUGUUGAAUAAAUAAAUGUUUAUCAAAAAUAAUUCACACCUUGAUAGCGAGCUGUUUUGCGGCAGCAGUGGCAGCAGCAGCAAUAACAGCAGCAGAAAUAACAAUAAUAACAACAAUACCACUAACGGUACAAGCGCCACCAACGGCAAUAAUAAUAGUAAAAUUGAAAAAUAUCUGCGACAGACAACAAUAUCAACAUCAACAUCAUCAACUGCAGCAGCAGCAGCAACUGCAACAACAACAACAAAUUUAAUAAAAUCAUCAGCACAACGAGCAGCUGCAAUACCAAUUGCAACAUUAAAUAUCACAAGUGCAACAUUAGCAUCAUCGGCAAAGCAAAGGAACUCCUCAUUAAUAAAAUCAACAAAAAUGGAUGACGAUUCAAUGGAGGAGGAAAUAGUACCUCAAACAUUCCUCAGUUCACCUGAAUCGGAUGAUGAACCUAUAAAGCAACUGCCAAAGGAAAUCCUACUUCGCAUUUUUUCAUACUUAGACGUUGUUUCGUUAUGCAGAUGCGCUCAGGUCUGCAAAUAUUGGAAUGUCCUUGCCCUGGACGGUUCGAGUUGGCAAAAAAUCAAUUUGUUUGACUUUCAACGGGACAUCGAGGGUCCUGUCAUUGAAAAUAUAUCCCAGAGAUGCGGUGGUUUUUUGAAAUUUCUCUCGCUACGAGGUUGCCAAUCAGUUGGAGAUGUAUCAAUACGAACCCUAGCUAACCACUGCCAUUAUAUCGAGCAUCUAGAUUUAUCUGAGUGCAAAAAGAUAACCGACCUAUCGACGCAAUCAAUAAGUCGCUACUGUUCGAAAUUAACAUCUAUAAAUUUAGACUCGUGCUCUAAUAUAACCGACAAUAGCUUAAAAUAUAUCUCCGAUGGAUGUCCUAACCUUCUAGAGAUUAAUGUAUCAUGGUGUCAUCUCAUAUCGGAAAACGGAGUCGAAGCCCUAUCUCGCGGUUGUGUUAAAUUAAGAAAGUUCAGCAGUAAAGGUUGUAAACAAGUAAAUGACAACGCACUGCAAUGUUUAGCUAAAUACUGUCCCGACUUAAUGGUGCUUAAUUUUCAUAGUUGUGAGAAUAUCACCGACUCUUCAAUACGACUUAUCGCAUCAAAUUGCCGUAAACUACAAAAGCUAUGCGUAUCAAAGUGUAGCGAAUUAACGGACGUUUCACUAAUAGCUUUAUCGCAAAAUAACCCACUUUUGAAUACCUUAGAGGUAUCCGGAUGCAGGAAUUUUUCCGACAUUGGAUUCCAAGCACUUGGUAAAAAUUGUAAAUAUUUAGAACGAAUGGACUUGGAAGAAUGCAACCAGAUAACUGAUUUGACAUUGGCCCAUUUAGCCACUGGUUGUCCGAGCUUAGAGAAAUUGACUUUAUCACAUUGUGAGCUUAUAACCGACGAUGGAAUACGUCAGCUAGCCGCCGGUAGUUGUGCAGCUGAAAGUCUAUCCGUCCUAGAAUUGGAUAAUUGUCCACUAAUAACCGAUCGAACCUUAGAGCAUUUAGUAUCGUGUCACAAUCUUCAGAGAAUUGAGCUAUUCGACUGCCAAAUGAUUACACGAGCGGCAAUACGAAAAUUAAAAAAUCAUUUACCAAAUAUUAAAGUUCAUGCAUACUUUGCUCCGGUGACACCACCACCAGUUACCACUGGCCACCGACCUAGGUAUUGUCGCUGCUGUGAGAUUCUCUGAGAUCAGGCCAUAGGCUUGGCCAGAAAAAUUUUGUGCAAAAGCCGUGAUGACUGAUAUAUUACAAUAGUUUUUAUUUUCAUAAUAAUUCUAUUAUUGUUAUUAGUUUAUCUUAUGUUUCUCGCAGUUAGUUAUUAUUUACUUAAUGAUUAUUAUUAUGACUUUGGGUACUCUGCUGCCACUAAUAACAUAUGUAAAGAUACGAUAUUCUUCUAAAACAAAUAAAAAUAAUAAUAAUUAAUAAAUUUAAAAAACAACAAAAAAGAAAACAACAAAGAGAAACCAUAAUUUUAUUACUCGUUUUGUUAAGUUUAAAGUUUAAACAAACUAAAAAGGAAACACAUAAUUUAUCCUUCUCUAAUGUAUUAUUGAAUUUACUGUAAUUAUUAGUUUUUAUUUUUAAUCUAAGCUAUUUAUAGGUUCAUUAUUCAAAUUGAUAACAACAAAAAAGGGACACUAAUGCAAAUAGCAUUAAAAAUUAACAAAAAACAAAAAUUUUUAAAGUAAUUGUGUUCGAGUGUAUUUAUGAAUAUAUGCGCCGAAAAAUAAAGUGAUUGACGUAUUGUUUAUGUUUAUGAGAUAUGACAGUUAAAAUAUAAAAAAGAUAAAACAAUGAAAUGUAAAAAAACAAUAAAUCAAAUAAUAAUAUUUUGUUCUUAUUUAAAAAACUGAUUUUUUUGUAUAGAUAGGUUUAAAAAAAUAUAUAAUGUUACUAUUAUUUAAUUAAAAAAACAAAAACAAUUAUUUUAUAUUCUGUUAAAAAUACACACAUUUAACUUUUAUUUUGUAUAUAAUUUUAUAAGCUUAUUGGUGUUUUAUUUUAAACAAACAAAAAAAUGAUUAAUUAUAUGAUGAAUUUUAAAAGAGAUUCCAAUAAUUAUACUCACUUGGUCUCAUUUUAACAAACAACAAAAUUUAAAUCUGUUUUUUAUUUCAUUUUAUUUCCGUUUAAUGUUUAUUUGUUGUCAACUUAAAAUCGAUAAUGACCACGGCUUGAUAAACAAAUGUGUUGAGGAAUCUUAACUAACUUUUUGAAUUAGUUGAAAGUUUUAGUUUUUAGUUGUCAAAGAGAUGAAACUAAGAAGUCUCUUGGACUACUCAGUUUGUAAAAUGGACGAUUUUUAGAUAAUUCCGACUUUUAACUUUUUAAAAUAUGAAAACCCUAUCCGACCAGGUAAUUUCUUUUUAAUUUUUGAGCUUUCGGUUGGUAUCACUUUGCUUUUAGAAUCCGAGAUGAGAUCUUAGGUUCAUUACUCAGAACUAUGCUCGUAUAAGAUCUAAAUUAUAAUUGUCUUCUUGAACAGGCUUAUGUUUCCAUUCAAAGACAUUUUUUUAAACUCUCGCAAAAGUUAGCGUGUUUAAAAACAGUUUUUUGAAUCUUAAAAUCCAUUAAUGAUCAUCAGAGAGAAUUGUUUUUUGAAGUGAUGUAAUAGUCUAGAAAUGUUCAUCUUUAUAAAUUAGUACUUGUAAUGAAUGGAUCAAAUUGGGGUGCACUAGACCUAAAGAUUUAUUAGGCUUCCUUCUAGAAUUGUAUGGCUUUUAUUAUUCUUCAUUUUAGGCGCCAGCUAUAGCUUUCUUUGAAAUCGAUCCGGACAAAUUUUUGAAUCGAUAUUUGACGGUAUUUUGUAUUUUUUUAUUUUCCGGACGGAAAUUCAUACUUUUAUGUUUAAAAGUGAAACGAAUCGUUCCACUGAUUUGUGUUCCAAUUUCACAAUUCCAAUGACAGAUUUCUGUCAGUAAAAGUUUUUCGGUGAUUUUCAAUCAGGAUUUUUUUUUUUCAAUGACAGAAUCUUUUAAUGACAGCUGUUACCUGUCAAGAAAAUUCUGACGUUUGUUUUAAAUGAUGAAAACCAAUGAUAGCUAUAACUGGCGCCUUAUUAUUCUUCUUAAAUAUUUGGGGUUCUAACAGUGAGGAAAGCAUAUCGUCUUCCACCUGGUAAUGUCCCAGAUAUUUUCACAUUUGGUACAUGAGUUAUUACAGAACCUACUGCUGGCACUGACUUUAACGCCUUAAAUUAUUGGGUGCCUCUGCCUAUUUAGCUUAUUGUACUCGGUAAGUAGGACAGUUCAAGUUCAGGCUACAUAAGGGAAUUGAAAGUAAUGCAAGUUUAGUAUCUGAUUGGCCAGCUGUCAAAAAAAUUACUUCCAAUUAUGGCAACUUUAAUGGAAAGUUGACUGGAAUGUUAGUCAAGAAACAUCUCCCUAACUAUCAAGUCAAGUCAGCUUAUGUCAAAAUGACAUUUAACCAUCAUUUUCAUUCAACUAAAAGUUGAACUUUAUUUCUCCAUGAUUUUUUUAUUUUCUGACAAUUUUUUUUAAUGUUUUGUGGAAAAUUGUUCCUUGUCAAAUUGGAAAAGAAAU